AUGUCCGGCCUCGAAAUCCUAGGCAUAGCAGCCAGCAUCCUCCAGAUCGCCGAUCUCGGCGCCACGGUCUCCGUCAAACUGUGCAGCUUCUACCGCCAGCUCAAAUCCGCCGAUGACUCGGUGCAGAGUCUCUCGAGCGAGGUCGGGCUCACCUGCAGUAUCCUCCGCCAACUAGGCGAGAACCUCAAGCAGGACGAGCAGACGCGGCUGUGUUCCGCGCAGGCGUUUGAGACCGCGCAGGAGGUGCUGCGUGAGUGUGAGAGCGUCUUCAGGCGGAUCAGCGGUGCGAUCGAUGAGUCGAGGGGGGAUGCGACGAAGAAUGCGAUUCAGCGGGCCGCGAGGCGGUUGGGGUUUGUGCUGAUGGAGAAGGAGCUGGAUGUGCUGAGGGGGAAUCUGGAGAGGUUGAAAUCGACGAUGUUGCUUCUGUUGAAUGUGAUUAUGUAUGCGGGGCAGUUGCGGAGCAGGGCGGAGUCGUCUGUUCUCCAGGAGCAGCGGGGUUUGAUCCAGGUGCUGGUGGAGGAGAAGGAGGCGAGCGAGAGGCGAUUCGACCAGUUGGUCAAGGCUCUUGGGUCCGUUGAUAUCAACUCCUCUCGGGGACCAGCUGUGCAAGAUACGCUCCCUCCGUACGAGACCCUGGUACAGGAUCCAGGCCGUGAUCUCCGGACGUAUAUCCGGCUCGUCAAGCGGCUACUCCACGAAGUGGAUGCGUGCAUGUCGGGCUUUGAGUGGAGCCGAUAUUCGAGAAUCAGGAACGGUGUUGUCAGAGUGCAUGCAGCCGAGGUGGAGCAGUUUCGACGGGCUCACGGGGUGAUGGUUACUCGACUAUUCGAUGAUCCGCUGUUUAGUCUCACGCCUGAGACGGAAGUCAUCGAUACACAGAGACAAGAGGCCGACAAGACUGAGAUGGCUGGUAGGCAACAGCGCAGCCAAGCCAGAGCGAAAAGAAGACGAGUUGAGCAGCAUGAUAAUCCCGAGUCAAAUGGAUGGGAUGAUCGACCUUUACAGCCAUCGGAUAUUAUUGAUGCCGACGAUUUUCAACUCGAGCAUUCUGCUCCUUCGACUGAAAUGGUCAAUGACAGAAUCAGUGCCUAUCUGGCGCGUAGCAGAGCUCUCGGCGACUACGAAGGAACUCCUGAGGGCAUUUCUCCCCGUAUCCGUCCCGACACGUCUUCUGCUCAUGCUCCGUUGGAAGGCCAGUCGAGUACCGAACCAAUCAGGCGGCAGAUCCAAGUUAUUGCUCGGCAACAACAGCCUGCUCUGAAACAACAGUCUGCUCCCAGAAGCGUGAUAAUGUCAUCGGAUGGAUACGAGGCCGAUGUAGACGCUAUCCCAGUCCCUGCUACGAAGACAGAGCAAGAAGUCAAGGAAGGUGUUGACGCGGUGGACGAUUUGCUUCUGAAAUGGACGACUUUAGGGCAGGAUGACCUCUUGGCUUGA